AUGGUUUGGCAACUGCAACACAACAUUAUCAAUGAGCUCAUCUCUGUGAUGGACUACACUAAAAAAGCAGGUGGAUUGGGACAAGACCUAAGUAUGUGGGCUCAUCUUAGGUACUGGGUAGCUCACCUGACACUUUCUGCAGGAAAGGCAGUGGGAGUGGUGACCACCAACUUGGUGCAGCGUGGCUCUCCACUAAUUAGCCACACCUGGCAGGAGGAAGAAAGAGAAGAGGCAGUGGAAGGCAGGAAGACAGCAGAGUCAGCUUUUGGAGCCAGAGUCUUCAGUGAUCCCUGCUGGCAGCCUCUGAAUAACUUCACUGCCUGGGCUAAGUCUGCACAGAGCAGAGCAUUGGGAGCCACAAAUGGUGGUGCCUGUGGUGCUUAUGUUGUCGAAUUUGGAGAGAUAUCACCAAAUUGGCCAAACUCGAAAACUACUGGUUUCUCCACCCCACAGGGCAUUGCCCUUGCUAUCCUCCUGGCUAACCACCAUAAAUUCUUGGAUUGCAAGUAUGCUGUACUACCGGGCUCUAAAAUUACCAGUUUGAGUCAUACAGUGGGUCUGUCCUUUGCAGUAACAAUACAAGGAUUUGCACGUGGAGCAUGGCUUCUCCCUUCAGACCAGAAAAGUAGGAACCAUGGACUGUGUACGCUGGAGGGGAAUGCAGUGACCUAUGAUGAUGUGCAUAUCGACUUCACUUGGGAAGAAUGGACUUUGCUGGAUCCUUCCCAGAAGAGUCUCUACAAAGAUGUGAUGCUGGAGACGUUCAGAAACCUCACUACCGUAGGAUACAGUUGGGAAGACCAUAAUAUUGAAGAACAUUGUCAAAGUUCUAGAAGACAUGAAAGGUAUAUCUUAUGUUAUUCUGGAUACAAGCCACAUGAGCAUAGGGAUUAUACUAAGAAAACCUCCAUAUAUACUCAAUGUGUUAAAGCCUUUGCAUGUGACAGUCAUCUACACAGGCUUGAAAGAACACAUACUAGAUUGAAACCCUAUGAACAUAAUGAAUGUAGUAAAGCCUUUUUACAUCACAGUCAUCUUCAGAUACAUAAAAGAACAUACACUGGAGAGAAACCCUAUAAAUGUAAUCAGUAUGGUAAGGUCUUUGCAUAUUCCAGUACUCUUAAAAGGCACGAGAGAAGCCAUGCUGGAGAGAUGCCCAAUAAAUGUAAUCAGUGUGGUAAAGCCUUUACAUGUCACAGUCAUCUGCAAAUACAUAAAAGAACACAUACUGGGGAGAAACCCUAUGAAUGUAAUCAGUGUGGAAAAGCCUUUGUAUAUCUCAGUAGUCUCCACGUACAUGAAAGAAGCCAUACUGGAGAGAAGCCCUAUGAAUGUAAUCAGUGUGGAAAAGCCUUUACAUGUCUCAGUAGUCUUCGAGUACAUGAAAGAAGCCAUACUGGAGAGAAGCCCUAUGAAUGUAAUCAGUGUGGAAAAGCCUUUGCACGUCACAGUGUUCUUCAAAGGCAUAAAAGAACACAUACUGGUGAGAGACCCUAUGAAUGUAAUCAGUGUGGAAAAGCGUUUACAUGUCUCAGUAAUCUCCGAGUACAUGAAAGAAGCCAUACUGGAGAGAAGCCCUAUGAAUGUAACCAGUGUGGUAAAGCCUUUACAUGUCACAGUCAUCUACGUGUACAUAAAAGAAUACAUACUGGAGAGAAACCCUAUGAAUGUAAUCAGUGUGGAAAAGCCUUUGCAUGUCAUAGUAGUCUCCUAAAACAUGAAAGAAGCCAUACUGGAGAGAAGCCCUAUGAAUGUACUCAGUGUGAAAAAGCCUUUGCAUGUCUCAGAAGUCUCCGAGUACAUGAAAGAAGCCAUACUGGGGAGAAGCCCUAUGAAUGUACUCAGUGUGAAAAAGCCUUUGCAUGUCUCAGAAGUCUCCGAGUACAUGAAAGAAGCCAUACUGGAGAGAAGCCCUAUGAAUGUAAUCAGUGUGGUAAAGCCUUUUUAUUUCACAGUCAUCUACAAAUACAUAAAAGAACACAUACUGGAGAGAAACCCUAUGAAUGUAAUCAGUGUGGAAAAGCCUUUGCACAUCACAGUAGUCUCCGAAUUCAUGAAAGAAGCCAUACUGGGGAGAAGCCCUAUGAAUGUAAUCAGUGUGGUAAAGCCUUUGCAUGUCAUAGUAGUCUCCAAGUACAUAAAAGAACACAUACUGGAGAGAAGCGAAAUUUACCAAAGAUACAGAACAAGCUCCACCAGGAGCAGAAGCCAGGAGCAAACCCAGUCACAGGACACAGGCGGAUCAUGAUUGAACCAGCAAGCAGAUCCAGAGUCACCGAUCGCCACCAGACCAGGUCUAACUCCAAGCCAGGGACUUCUGCAAGAGGAGAUCCAGACUAA